AGGCGCACUCUAUGUUGUACUUUCCGUUUGACAUGAAAGAGUCGACUUUAGCCGCAUAACGUGAGACCAAGCUGCUAACCAAAAACUACAUAUGGUCCGUUUAUAGGCACUUCAACCGUCAAAACCCGGUUAUUCCUUUUAUUCUCAUCCAUAAGCUACACACAGGUAAGAGCGUUUUGAUACUUUAGAGGCUAAUGAGAGCGCACACGGAUAGCAAAGACAUCAUGGAAACCUGUUAGCUUGAUCAGACACAUUAGCGGUGAAGCAGUCUGUCACCUACAGAGGCAGCAUGUAUGUCAAGAUCACCAGGGUUUAAAAUCUCGGCUUGUUUGACUUUUUAAUAUGUAUUUACUGCUGCUUUUGUUGAUUCUAACUAACUAGAUUGUUAGUUGUUUUGUAUGUAAUCUCUGUGGUUCAGUAUUAGCAGAGUUGAAGGUGUAAGGUAAAGGAGCUUGUCUAUCUAUUUAAAGACAACAUUCAUUGUUAAAGGAGUAGGUGAUGAUUGAUGAUUGCAGUCCAACUUUAUUCUGAUGUGAUGGAUGGAAAAUGACCCUCUAGUAAUGAUAAAAAGUGCAGAAACAUACUGUUUUAUGUGUAAAAACAGGAAUUGUAAUUACCAUCAUCAAUUGAUUUAACACUCUUAAACACGCCAUUCACUAUGAAAGACAUCAGAGUAGUCAUUACUGUUGUCACAAUUUUCCGGUUUAAUCAUUAGGUAAUAUUUACUUUGAAAACUUUUUCAAAAUUACUGUGAUAUCUGCACUGUAUACUAGCCUGAUUUCAUAGUAAGAGUUGAUCAGACUUUCAGACAUAGGAGCCCCUAGUUCCGUAUUUUGAUUGGACACAGAGUACAUAGGUACUCUCAGUUCUCCUGUGUCCCUGGUUCAUCACUGUCAUUAGAGUCAUUCAUCAUGGCAGUUAAAAAAAUCCUCUUGGCACUUGCAUUAGGAAUUUCUCAUUCACAGUAAUGAAUGAUGCAACAAUUACUUGUGAGCAACACAGGGUUGUACUGUAUGUGAACACUUAAAUGUACUGUCAUGACUAAAAUAUUGACCCAAAGAUUGAUUCAUUUUGUUUUUGGUGAAUUGUAAUUGUGAUUGAUGGCCUGGACAUUAACAAACACCCCCCCAAAAUAUGAAUACAUAGCUUGGGGCAGAAUUAGUUUAGAGAGAAAUCAACUUUUUUUCUCUGUAUAGUAUAAAAAGUGAGUCAUAGAGUAUCAUAUGAAGGGAUACAGCAUUUGAACCAUGAUUCAAGCCGACAUAAAUAUAAAGUACAUUUAUAAAAUUGGCCCACUUGCCAAUAUCCACGAUGUGUUUUUGAACCACUGAUGUGAUUUAUUUGAAGGGACCAAUCUUAGACUUAAUGUUGAGUAAUAGAACCUACAGGUCUCAAUAGUAGAUGACAAAUCGAUAAUAAAUAACAAGCUUGCAGGUUAUUAAUGUCUGGGCUUUGAAAAAUGUAGAAGCAGGUUUUUGAUAGUACCAGGUUUUGAUCCCCAUCCGUAGUGUUACAUAAGUAAAUGUUCUUGAUGGACCAGUAUUCACAAGACAAGUGUUGAUUUCCUGAUUGGACAGAGUGAGAGCAUACGCUGUUUUAAGCCUUGAAAGCAGAUAAAUAUUCACUGUGCUGGAUGUCACAGAUCUGAUACUUUGACUCUUCUGCUACUGAGAUCUCUGGAAACAGUAAGAAUAAGUUGAACUGUUAUUUUUAAAGAUUUGUCAGCUAUUGUGCUGAUGAAACAUCAUCAGCUAGACAAUGUGAUUUACUAAAAAAAAAAACUUCCUUGUUUGCCGUGUGGGAAUAGUUUCUUUUCAAACCACUGUGUGAGAAGCUUUGUUGUCGGUUAGGGAGUAGUCGUAGAUUUUGUGAUUGUAAAAGCUGUCUCACACAGAUUAGGCCUCUGUGGUUUUUGUCGAGGCCAGAACUUGGGGGAAGUAAGUAGAUGCAUCAUUGAUCUGGUUUCAUAUUAGUCUAAGCACUCUUUAACUAGGCUAUAGUUUAUGGGAGUUGUGCAGUGGUGAAGGUUACUUAAAGCACAUUUACUCUGAUACACUGACCCAGAAAAUGUCUAAAAUGCUGAUAAAGUAGAGAGACAGGGUCAGUGAGAGUAACAUGAUAUAGAUUUACAGAGAAUAUCUAGUGUAGUUUGAUCCUUUUUGUUAUUUGGAGCAGAGCAGACUCGACAGCUUGCUUUGAAUAUUUUUUAAAAACGAAAGAGAAACUAUGUAUACCUACUACAACUUAUACAAGGUGGUGUGUAGUUGUUAACACUCCACCUAAUAUAGAAUAGCAUCAAGUGAAAGAUAACAUUCUUAGAUGUUGAAUCCUGCAGCAAGAUGGUGAUACGAGUUAUUUGGUUUACUGGAGUAUGUGAGUCGUAGACUGCAUAAAACAUGGACAUAGUCUGAGUGUUAUAACCUAUAGUUUUUUUAAAGUGGAGUUAGGAAGCCUAUCCUCAGUGGUCACAAAGAAGAGGGGUUGAGGUGGGCCUUCAGCCUCUCUACACUAACAGCCUAAGUAAAUGUACACUAACUGUGUCCCUUAAAACAGAAAUAAACAUCCAUUUAAUUGCUACAUUUUAUAACUAUUACAGAUAUUAAUAAUUUAAUUCAAAAUAAACACUUCAUAUAGUCACACUGACAUUCUUCUUAGAAUCAGUGAUGUGACUUUUCCAAUUUAUGUCAAUGAGGCUUUGAUUUUCAGAUGUCCAUAAAUUCAUUUUCACUACUCCUGAUAUAAAAAGUUUAAUUCUCCUGGAAAAACUGGUAUUUCAUAUAUCUACAAACGAGUACUUACUAGUCAUAAAUUUACUCUCAGAUAUCUAAAUGAAACCUCAUCAACAGAUAUCUACAAAACAUGAGUAAAUAUCUACAGCUGAAUUGUUUCUAAUCAUAAUGCUAUGAUGAUAUCUACGAUGACAUUUUAUUCAACACAAUUUAUUUUUAAUGAUAUCUAAAAUUACGUUAUGGAAAUCUAAAAUGGUUUGUAAAUUUAUUCAUUCUCAGCAUUGGACUGUUUCCUCUCUUUUUUUUUGUAGUUGGUUAUGGUUAUUUCAAAUUCACUUUACAAAAACCAAGGUGCUGCUUUCACACGGAACUUUUAGUGCAACAGGGCUAAUUUCAGCCAACUUAAAUUUUCUUUUGUUUACAUUUUGCUCUAUAUUGUAUUGCAUCUUAGCUAUUGUAUUAUAUUUUUAUUUAUUGUAUUGUAUUUUUAUUUAUUCUUUGCUUGGAAACAGACCUGGGUACUAAUUUCGUACCACAGACUAUAAAAAGUGUGGGUUAUAAAGUUCCUUGAAUCCUUGAAUACUUGAAGGCUAAACCUGCUGCAGCGUCAAAGUGUUUGGACAUGUCGAUUUAUUCAGCAGGCUGCUUAGUUUCACCUGCAGCUGUCUAUUCUGGAUCUACAGUACUUACCUACAGUCUGUAGACUUAGACUGCUUACAGUGAAGUAUCAUACCUCAACCUCAGAGUUGUAAAAUAUCAAGUCCUGUUCUUUGAGAAAACUGCAGUCACUGCCAGGACGUUAAAACCUCCUGUCAACCUCGGUGAUUGAUUUUUUUUCACGAGGUUGUUACAAAAAAAAAGAGCAUGUCACAUUUUGGCAGGAAAUUAAUAUUCUUCUAUUUUAUAUUCACAAAUUUUUAUAUUAUUACACCAACGAUUGCUCCUGGGCAAUGUGCCCUGAACCUUAUCACUUAGAUAAUGCUCCUUACUUUGAACCGGAGGAAGUGGCACUCUGUAGGAAACCUUGACUAUGUGAAAGCACAUGACUGUGGGAUCAUAUGAGGCUGCAGACAGAGCAGGUUUUCCAGGGUCUCUCUCUCUCUCUCUCUCUCUCUCUCUCCCUCUGUGUGUGUGUCAGGGCACAUUGUGUUCCUAACUGUUCUGCUCCUGUGAUGUUUUAUAUUACGAUCUUUUGGGUUAAAAGUGAAGAUGGAAAUGUUACACACAGUGCUUGAGGCUGUGUGUUAGAGGAAGGAUGCAGUUAGAUGAAGUGAAACUCCCACACCAGUAGUUGACUCAGAGUUUGUCGUAAUAAUGACCAGUUGGAGUUGUGCUGAAAGUUUUGCUUUGUCAUUAGUAUGACAGGAAUUUUAAAAGAUGCCAAUUUUGGUUAAAGGGUAAAGUUGAACAAAGUUAUGCACAGUCAUGUGGAACUACGUGAAAAUGCUGGUCUUCUUUAGCUGACCCAUCUGUAUUACUGCUGAAGUUUAUCAUACAAAGAUGUCUGUCAUGUUUCUUCAGAUUAUGUAACUGCUGUUUUUCUUAUUCCAGGGGAGCUGAUAGUAAACCCUCAAGUUUCCAGGGAUCCCUCAGCUUGCCCUGAUGAAAGCUGAGCAAGACGCAGACCUCAUAGAAGGUAACCUUUUAAAAAUAAUAGAAAAAUCCCCCGCAGCAAGAGAUGAGCUUCAUACUCAGUGACUUUGUGCUUAUACCCAAGUCUAUGUCUGACACAUCUGAAAUCAUGUUUACAAAAAGUGGGUUGAAGCAGAAUGUGAGUGUUGUAAAUGCUCAGUGCUUCUUUCAUGAACUUUACUGCUGCCAGUGCUGUUGCUUGUGUGAUCCAUUGAAGGAUUAAGUGUAGGACACUCUGCUCUGCUCCACUGUCAUCUCCAAGCACAAGCUGGGAAAGUGUGCUGUGGCAUUCUGUGGUGUGGGUUUUAUACUUCCUCUUUGUUGGGAUAAUUUUAAACAGACAUCAUGUCAGAAUGUUGUGACAGGCCACAGAAAAAAGGAGAUUAUAAAGCGCUGAGUCAUAUCAAAAGCAGAGUGAUUGUUAGCGAGCCGUGGACUUUAGGACCGGUAGUCUGAGAUGAAGAGAGGACAGAACGAGAGGUCCUACCUGAGUGAGUAGCGCACAUUAUUUAUGGUACAAUUCAAACCCAUAUAUUUAGGGACUGGAGAACUAAUUUCCAGUGUUUGAACAGCAUUUGUUUGUUUGUUUUAACUCGUCUUUCAAAUGGUAUCCUUUUGAUUUCCUUAUUUUUUACAUAAUCCAUGUUAAGAUUUGAGCAAAGCACCUCUAAUAAGAAGUUCUAACGUACCGGUUAAAGAGAUGUAAUUAAAAUUCUUGAACUUGAAUCACUUCUGUAGAAGUUUCCAAAUCUGAGUUGAAUUACUUUUAGCAUAUCAGCGGUAAGGUUUGUUUUUUUUCUCUUGGCGAUUCAAAUGGAAAUUUCAUCUCAGAGUUUUGUUUGUCAAGUUUCAGCAGUUUAGACAAGUAUGAGAUACUCUGACCCAAACAAAUUCCUCAAAAAAAAUAAAUGUUCUUAGUUACUGCUGAAAUUUGAAAAGUGUACUCAGUGUAUUUUAUGUAUUUUUUUAAGAACAACAAAAACCACCCAGACUGUUAGGUGAUGUUUUGAACUCUGCCCAUGUCAGCUUGUUUCUGACCGUCUUCGGUUCAGGAAUAAAGAGUUUAGUCAAGAGGAGUUUUCCAACAACAAUUGCUCUGUAUAGUAACUGACUGUUUGGUGAAGUUUAUCAGAACUGAUCAGAAUGUAUGUUUGUGUGUUUGACAGAGGUUGUAAUCUCACAGGGUUAGACAACGUUGUCUUUGUUGUACUCUAGCAAACUCUCUCACUCUGUUCUUGGCACUAAUCUCACCCUCUCUGUUUUAAUCUCUUUGGCUCUGUUAGAGGACUCCCCUCAGGAAAAUGCUUCAGCCAACAAGUACAGCUCUAUCUCACCUCCUGCCUCACCUGAGGACCAGGUUGAUAACAUCUCGACCACAUACUUUGAAGAGAAGGUCCCAGUUCCUGAGUACAUUGGCCAGGUAAUCGUCAUGGCACUGUUUUAUGCACAAUGAAGAGAAAGUUUAAAGUUUAUGCAUUAUUCAAUGAUAAUAAAUGACCAUGUCCAGACACUUGAUGGACUAUAUUUAAAAUGCAAACAAAUGAAGUUGAAACCAGACAUGAUUUCAUAUCAGUCAGAAUACAAAAUCUUGACUCGUCAUGACAUGCUGUUUGUUUGUUUGUUUAGGUGUUCAGUUUCCGUAAGCUCUGGGCCUUCACUGGGCCCGGGUUUUUGAUGAGCAUCGCUUACUUGGAUCCAGGGAACAUCGAAUCUGACCUGCAGUCUGGAGCUAAAGCUGGCUUUAAGGUGGUAUAGCCAAGCUGGUUCUGUGUGUUCUGUCCUGCCAAUGUCCUUUUCAGUCACCUUGCUGGUUUGAUCCUCUUUUUUCCUAGUUUCAGUCUGAGGAAGUGAUUCCAAAGGUCUUUGUUGUCUGUUUGCUCACAUGCACGCCUUGUCAAUACUUGUUUCUCCAUCAGAAAACUUUUUUUUUUUUUACGAAACAGAAAUGUUUAUUCUUAACAUAAGCAGCAGAUUUCUGUAGUUUUGUUCAUCAUCUCUGUUCCUCUUUCUCAGCUCCUAUGGGUGCUGCUUGGAGCCACCGUCAUUGGGCUGCUGUUGCAGAGGUUAGCUGCACGCCUUGGGGUCGUCACUGGGAUGCACCUGGCUGAAGUGUGCAACCGCCAAUAUCCCAAAGUGAGCAUUAUACACUCCUAUUUCUCAAAUGAACGCCUAUUUUCUUGUUGAAUUGUAUUUGAUGCACAGGGCUGUGUUUGUAAAGUUGAUGUGAAGCAGAACCCUCCAUGGUAAAUGAGAAAGAAGGACUGUUGUAGUUGAUAAAACUCUGCUCAGUUAUCUGAUUUCACAGCCUCUGAUUUUUUUUUUCACUUUUUCUACUUUUUUUUUAGGUUCCUCGAAUCAUCCUUUGGUUAAUGGUGGAGUUGGCAAUCAUUGGCUCAGACAUGCAGGAGGUCAUUGGCUGUGCCAUUGCUUUCAACCUCCUUUCUGUGGGCAGGUACUGUCUUUACCACCUCUCUAUGAAAAGUGAAUGCAACUCUUGUGCUGACUCGGUCUAGAAUUGUAUUAAAAAAACAAACUUACAUCCAUUGACAAUUCCUCCUGUUUGUCUCACAGGAUCCCUCUGUGGGCAGGAGUCCUAAUCACCAUCACAGACACUUUUGUGUUCCUUUUCCUCGACAAAUACGGUAUAGAUUUUCAAUAACUGACUGAUAAGUGAGUGUCCGACAAGUUGCAAUCUCAUUGUGUUAACAAAGCUUGUCCCUCAUUUUAGGUCUAAGGAAACUUGAAGCUUUCUUUGGCUUUCUCAUCACCAUAAUGGCUGUCAGUUUUGGUUAUGAGGUAACGUCCAGAAAUUCACAAUAUUGAGUCGUUUUUGCCAAAAAGUAUAAAUGAGGCAAUGACAUGUUGACUUUGUGUGGCCUGUGUAGUACAUCCUGGUAAAGCCAGAUCAAGGCGAGGUGCUGAAGGGGAUGUUCGUACCGUACUGCGCCGGCUGUGGGAGUGUCCAGCUGACACAGGCUGUUGGGAUUGUGGGUGCUGUCAUUAUGCCACACAACAUCUACUUGCACUCCGCGCUCGUCAAGGUGAGUGGCGUUUUUGUGGUCAUAUGCAUAAGGCAAGACUUAGGGAAAAAUAUUAAUAUGUGGAAAAUAUUUGACAGUUUGUUAUUCCUUUAACUCUCUUGUGACAAUUUUGGAUGCCCAAGUCAAAACAUUUCUCAGUAAAUAUGAAUGUCAGUAUUCUUACCUUUUUAUUUACGAUUUCAGAACAAAUAUGGAUUUGUCUCAGUUGUUUGUAAUUUUCUUAAGGAUAAAACUGUUAAAACCAUAUCUGUCAAUCUGUGACUAAGUACAAAUUCACCUCUAGGUGGAGCAGUAUGAUGCAGUUUAGAUACAAAUGAUCAAAACUGAAAAUUGAAAAACUGUUUUUUUUUUUCUCUAUAUUUUGACAUGAACCAGUCUCGGGAUAUUGAUCGCAAAAAUAAGAGGGAAGUGAAGGAAGCCAACAAAUAUUUCUUCAUCGAGUCAACGAUUGCUCUAUUUGUCUCCUUCCUCAUCAACGUCUUUGUUGUCGCGGUCUUCGCUGAGGCCUUCUACAACAAAACCAACAUGGAAGUGGUGAGUAUAUCCCGGGUAAAAGUUUUGUUUUCUCAGCUGUGUGUACUGCUGGAGCUAACUGGUAACUUGAUUUGAACUGGUUUGAUUUUCUGAUGAGUGCCGUUAGCACACAGACAGUAUGCAGAUCCCUGACUUGAGGCUCAUCAUGUGAUUGUGUCUCCUACUGCAGAAUCAAGAGUGCAAUGCAACCGGCAGCCCUCACACAGAUCUAUUCCCUUUAAACAACGGCACACUGGAGGUGGACAUCUACAAAGGGGUACGUUUGUCAUCAAAACAUCUUCAGUGAGCACGAUCAGAACUUCCUGCUCAGACAGAGGGCAUGUUUGCAUCAUGUUCUUGUUUGUUCGUUGUUACAUAAAUUAAGACACAGGCAGGUCCUAAAGGUUUUGGCGUCUUCCACAGGGGAGUUGGGCCUCGGACAUUUUUGUGGACUAUGGUUUGGUUUAAUUGAGUACAUCUGAGUUAGAAAACUGAAUUAAAAUUUAGAAAAGGAAAAAAAAAACAGUUGCAACAUGGAGCCACUUUCAUGAAGCCACUGUGACCUAUGUGCAGUUUUUGAGGUCCAUGUCUUUAUAACAUUUUUUGUGUGUUUGUGUAACUUGUGAACAGAUUGAUGGACAGAGAAGGGGGCUAAAUCAGCUAUCUUUAUUUUUGUUCAGGGAGUGGUCCUUGGAUGUUUCUUUGGCCCUGCAGCCCUCUAUAUCUGGGCAGUUGGGAUCUUGGCAGCUGGACAAAGUUCCACAAUGACAGGCACCUACUCUGGGCAGUUUGUUAUGGAGGUAAGACGAACUAUUCAUUAUAGCCCUGUGAAAGAUCUGAAACUAAUGGUUUUACUUGAUACUCAUGGUUUUGUUUUGAUGUUUGCUCAGGGUUUCCUGAAUCUUAAAUGGUCCCGGUUUGCACGGGUGCUGCUGACGCGCUCAAUCGCCAUCACGCCCACACUGCUGGUUGCCAUUUUCCAGGAUGUUAAGCAUCUGACAGGGAUGAAUGACUUCCUCAAUGUGCUCCAAAGCAUGCAGGUAAGGAUGACCAUACAAAAGUGGAAAAGCCGUAUUUCCACUGAUUUUAUUCUUGUACAGUAGCGUGUAUCCUGUCAAAUAAUUGUUUUUCAAUUUAUGUUCAACAGCUCCCAUUUGCAUUGAUCCCAAUCCUGACAUUCACCAGCCUGACCUCCUUAAUGAAUGACUUCGCAAACGGAUUGUGAGUGACUUGUACACUUUUUUUAUCUUAUUUCCAUUUGAAGAGAAACUUUGAUGCAUGGAACUGAAAGUACUGCAAUUCUGAAGCGCUUAAUUGAACCGUGAACUUCUCCAAAGCUGAAUGCAAAAAAAAAAAAACAGCCGUCUCUUUCAGUUUGACAGCCAGUUGUUAAACACGUUACAAGAGGUGUGUGUGUGAAGUUAUUCAUUUACAAGUCAACUGCAACCUGGUUGUUCAAGGUCUUAGUUAAAUAAGUGUGUACUAAAUAUUUGAUCUGUCAUAAGGGCUGAUUCUCUAAUUUGACAAGUGGCUGAAGAAUAGAGAUGGAAGGCAGUGUACUGUGAAUAACGAGGAUUUAUUUAGUUGUGGUUGGGAAGGAAAAAACGUGAUUUCUCAAUGAUCAAAUAAUCUGUCUGUGUCUUAAGGGUGUGGAAGAUUUCCGGAGGCGUCAUCAUCUUGGUGGUUUGCGCAAUCAACAUGUACUUUGUGGUGGUUUAUGUCACAACACUGGCAAGCACGCUGCUCUACGUCGUCGCUGCCCUGCUCUCCAUAGCCUAUCUGUGUUUUGUCGCCUACCUGGUGAGUGAAAUCGCUGCAACACGUUGUUCAGUUAUUAGACCUUGUUUAUAGAAUAUGAAUAAGAAGAACUUUAUUUAUCCCUGAAGGGAAAUUCAAAAUAUGAUAAGAAAUGGAUCAAAUAUGCGCAUCAGCACGGUUUCAGAGUUAGAAUACUCCUCAGUGUUUGUCUAAGUCUUCUGUCUCAUAACUACCUCAGUUAACAAGAUAUUGUUAUAGUCGUCUACACAAACCUUGCAGUAUGUUGACCUCUUUCCUCCCUGUCUUGUCUGCAGGCUUGGUACUGUUUGGUUGCCUUGGGGGUUUCCUGCCUGGACUUUGGCAGCAGGGUAAGCAAGAGACCUGCUGUGUUAAUAGAGGAGCAGUUUGAGUCGGACUCGUAGAGCUGAAAAGGACAGUAACCACCAGCAUUCCUCUUUUCUCUCGGGACUCUGAGCCACGUACUGAACAAGGACUCUGCUAGAUCACAUAGGAUCUUGAGAGCACAAUUCCUGCUACUGUCACAUGUGUACUUUGUGGAGGGAUGGGUUUUUAAAAAGGUGGUGCUUUACAGGUGCCCAGAGAACAAAAGUAAAACUACACCAGCUUAGACAGUUUGAUGUUUAAAUGGAGGGAUGACCUAUGAGACAUAAAAACACCAGUUAACAUUUGAACAGCUGCUAAUACAUAUAUUGACACCUUGACAGUCUGUCUUUUUUUUCUCACACUUUGGCUGUAAUGGUGAGAAAAAUGAAGAAAAUCAAUUGAACUUAAAACCUAUACAUAUAUUUUUUAAUGAUUAAAGGCUUUUAUAACAAGACCGCAUUUAACCAUGAGCAUUAAUAAAGAGGGAGCAGCGAUGUCGAGGAACACACUGUGUGAAAAAUAAGUGAAACAAGCAUUACAGAAUACAUGAAAGUAAGCCACACUAACUAUAAUUUUUAAUCCGGAUUAGAUCAUUUCUUACUUAGAUUACUUAUGAAACUUACAAACUGUAUCAAAGAACUUGGGUUUUCUAUGUUGCUCGUGUUUUUUCUUAUUCUGUUGAAUAAGCUGUUGAGGUUUAACUUGGAUAUAGUUGUUCUUUAUUAUUAUUAUUAUUAUUAUUAUUUGGAAAAACAAACAUGAUUUAUUUUUAUUCAGUAACAGCUAACAUGUCAGUUGUCAUGCUAACAGUACAGUUAUUCUUUUUUUGGAUAGCUUGACAAGCAUUAAUGCUAGAUUUAUCCCAUCAACUGCAGUCUACCUCAUCAUCCUCAUUUUAUCUCAUCGUUCAAGCAGUUUGACUCACCGGGUGUCACCUGGCAGUUAUUAUUUUUAAGAGAAUAAGAUUGUUUUACUAUUCACACCAAGGUUGUUUUAUGCAUCUUACUCACAAAACACCAACUUGUAUCUAGCUCUAGUUCUUUGACCAAAGUAAGGUCAGGGAUUCUGAUAUUGCAACCUGAUUCCUGACUUGUGAAAAAAGAAGCAGUUGCGUGAAUUAAGCAUGAAGUUCACCUCUCCUGUGUGAUGUCCUCGCUGCCGUCCACUGUCCACAUCAGGCUGAUAUAACAAAGUCUAAAGAAAAAAAGAAGGAACCAUGAAGUGUAAAAUCUAAUUUAACUAAAAACUGGCAUUAUUUCUGUCUGUUGGGCAGUUGAACAUUUAGAAUACUAAGAUGAGGCUUCCUACUGAAAUGAAAUUCAACCUGGAAACGUUAGCUUCAUUCUAGAGAAAAUGCAGUUGUUGCACUGUGAGAGUGAUUUAUGGGGAUAUUCCGGCGUAAAAUUAAUUUAGGGUCAAACGCAUCGUAACACAGAGUUAGAUACCCCCCCCAACCACACGAUAGCAAUACACAGUGGUCUGAGGAGUCAUAAACAAACCUCAACCAAAAAAGCCACUCUAUAGCCACAAAUAAUGCUCAGAACAGCACCUAACUUCAUCAACAGUACAUACAGGGUCCUAGCCACAGCACGAGCCACCAACAUCUUUUUAGUUUUGCCUGAUUUCUUAAGCAAAGAGACUAAACACAACUCACCUACUCGUUUCCAGCAGCCGCUUGUUACCUUAGGCCAGUCCAUUAUGGACUGCAGCGGGGUGACGCAGCUCAAGGAAGAACAUUUAUGAUCAUUACUUAAUAAUUUCCUUGAAGUAAUAAUCACCAUAUUAAUCAUUUUGCACCACAGACGUGGUAGUUCCUCUGCCUUAGCGUCUCGGUCUGAUUGCAUUUCCAUGAAGAAAUGAAGAAAUAUCCUGCGGUCGUUACUUAAGUUGGUAUAACUAGGGAAGCAAGCAGUCGGCAACAUUCAUCUCUCGAGGGGGUGACUAACUCGGUGUUACGAUGUAUUUGACCCUAAAUUAAUCAAGAAAGAAGGGAUUACAGAGAUCUAUUGUAAAAUAACAUUUAUGAAAGGAAUCUUCUAAAGUAUAGUGCUUUUCUGAGAGGGAAAGGAACUGCCCACGUGGCAUGUUUGAUAUGAAUGUAAAGCCAAAUUAGUGCUUGAAGGAGAAAUGGAAACAGUAGUUAAACAAGCUCACAUGAGCUAAAUAUUGAGUGGAGGUCACAUAUAGCCCCAAACCACAAACUUUGUGUCAGGGAGCUCUAGAGUCUGUGAUCUAUUUAAGAGUGCUGUGUGGAUCCCUGGUAGUGGUUCAGUGAGGUGAAGUUGUGAAAAAAAGUCAACUCAUCCAAAAAUUGUUUUCUUCUCCUGCACUGCAUCUGUGAAAUAAACAGCAACUGAUUUCAGGCGUCUUUAUGGGAGUGCUUGUGCCCUCCUUUGAACCCUUAACUUGUUUUGAAUCUGCCUUUAUCCUAAAUAUGAAACCAUACAUAUUUAUUGUAGAUACACGGCCUGUUUAACUGAAACAUUUUAUAUGUAUGUUGAGGGAAAAUAGUUAUUUGCUUUAAAGCCAAGUGCCACCUCAGCUGCUCUGAGACUUCACUCAGCAUUUUCUACCUUCACACAUCCUGGUAUAUCUAACAUGUUGCAAUACUCAAUAAUGUGAAACACAGUUAAAGAGCAAAGCUAUGUCAUAAUGUGGAAUAGAAUCUCAGAGAUGGGGUUUAAUCUCACAAGACACAGGUACAGAUAGAUUUUUUUCAAGUUAUAAAAUAAGUGAAGAGCAGUCUAGAUGUUUUAAAGUUUGAUAACAGACUGUGCUUAUUACCCUGAGACGCCUCAUGUAGCAAUACCCAAGCAAUAUACAUAUUUAUCAUUACACACACCGGAUCAUACAAUGAUCACUGCAAAGAUCUCAGGUUCUUUUGCAAGCUAUUGUUGUAAAAAAACAUUCACUUUAUGGUGGUGGAUACAGGUACAGCUGCACAUCUCUGCUUCAGAGUUCUCCGAAGUUUUCCUUGUUUGUUUUUUUCGGGGUGGAUAGAAAGUUUAGCAGACAUUAUUUAGCCAACUGUGUUCAAGAAAUGUCUCACCAAUACCUCUCUGGCAAGAUAAAUACAUAGCUAAUGCACAUUUGUACUGUUACAGAGUAAGUUUAAAGAAGUGUACGCUGAGCUUUAGUAAUCAGUAAUUUCUGCUUUUUGGGAUCAAAUGAAUAAUGUCUGUUGUUGCUACUGGAUAAAGAUCAUGUAUUUAAAAUAAAUGGGAAAUAAUGCAUAUAAGGACAUUUGUUGGUGUAUUCUGUCUGAGGAUCUAAAGAUGGGUUUAUCAUCUCUAGUUAUGCAUGUAAUGUAUAAAAACAUAAUUGAUAAAAUAAUAACAAUAAUUGAUAAAAAAAAAUUACAAAGCAAAAAUGCAUCUGUGCUUUUUGAAUUGGCAAGCCGUAAUUCCAGCAAAUUAGGGUGAUACUGUGUUUCCAUAAAACUACAUGUUCCUCUUUUAAGUGGGUUAGAAGACUAAAUUUAAAGUGUGUUUUGAUCAAAUGAAUACAACUGGGGUUAAAAGAACCUCAUGUUGGGCAGUAGAUAUUAUCUUUUGCAGGAUUUUCCUGGACAAUUAAGUUAACACUUUGACCUGAGGUGAGCAACUUUGAGAAAUCUGUAACCUCAAAUCCUGAACUGAUUGGACCCUCUUUGCCUCGGAUCAAAGUUCUUCAUUGAUUUUGAUGUCCCCUAAUCAUUCAAAUGUCAGUGAACCACUAACACUUGACACUUUACAGUCCCAGAUUAAAUAUUUCUGAUCAAACAAAAAACAUCUUUUUUCUUUUGAGCUGGCGGGCAGCUUUUCUAUUUUUUUUUUCUUUUUUAAAAGACUUAAGUUCAGAGGAUUUCCCUUACUAUUUCAAUGAUUUUCAUUUUCAGUUUUCAAUAAAAAUUCAAAGAUCAGUUGUGUAUCAUGACACUUGUGGUAAAAUUAUGUGGAAUUCUUAUUUUGCAAACUGAAAAUGUUCUUAUGAGUAAUAUAAUGAUGCUAGACCUACUGAAAUGUCUUUGUGCAUGUCUCACUGAUCCCAACUCUGUCUCUUGUCUCUGUUUCACAUACAGUUGGGACUGUCACGGCACACGGACAUUUACUUAUUGAACGACAUAGAUGCUGACACAGUGGUCGAGAGUUAAGGGGACACCAGUGGCGUUGAGCUGCCUGCAAAGGGGGGGGACCAUCAAAGCUUGGCCAGUAUGUGUUAAUCUUCGUCUCUCCAUGCCUUAAAUUAAGUGUGAAGUGCACAGAGAAAAGUGCACACAGGGAUGUCUGUCAUGCUGGUUAAAACAAUGAUGGCAGUUUUCUAUCACAAAUGUCUCUGUAACUGCAGCUGAAUAAUAUUUAUUUAAAUAAUGGUUAUGUGGGAAAUGUCUCUCUAAGUUACGUCCCUGUGACUUUGACACCUUAUAGACUGAUGUACCAAUAACACCUUAAGGUCCAAUGCACUGUGUUUUCAUCUAAGGAUGUACUACAACUUUGAAAGUACGUGCCAACCACACUCUUACAUUAAAUGACAACAAAAGUUUGCAGGCUCUUAAAUUCAAAUACACAGUCAGCUGUUUCUUCACUGGGAUUGAAGAUAGACAGGCUUGUAUUUUAAGUAAUUUUGUUCAAAUGUUGAGUGUCUCUCUGAUGUAGUUUAUGAAAAAAUGAACCAGUUUGCCACACAUCAGCACAAAGUAUGACUAGUUUAGGAGCCCGGUGUCAUUGCUGUUAGACAUUGUCAUCAAGUUUGAUAUCGAUAAGUACAGAAAGUUGGAGUAUUAAAUAACACUCAAUGAUGGACUAGUGUAUGAUGAGACAGUUUGCUAUAUAUUUUGUAGAAAAAAAUACAGUUCGUCAUUUAUAUGCAAAUUUGCAGCCAGUUUUUCAUUUUAGAAAUUACCUCGCUGCACUAAAAAGCUCUGCUGUUUUAAUUCACAUUUAAACUCCUGCUUCGGUGAUCCUCAUUUUAAGUAUUUAAGAGACACAGUGUGGCAACAGGGACAAUCUAAAAGCUAUAUGAUAACACAUGAACUUAAAGUAGCACAUGAAUAACAUAGUAUAUAAAGAAAAUCAUGAAUUUGGGGUCAUUAAUUUGUAGUUGUAACAAAUAAGAGUAAGUCUGAUGUAAUGUAAUCAUUAGGUAUGCCCCAUUGUUUCUAUUAAGAUUUUUAAAUGUACUUCUCGGUCAAGCUUAGUUAAGUUCACUUUGAGUUCUUUAAUUUUUAUUGUUUUCUCUCCCUGUUAAUUUAUGUGUAGUUUAUAUUUUAUGCUCAUGCAACUUUGGUUUCUAUAUAGUUUGAGUUAAUAUGAUUGCUUUUAUUUAAUUUAGUCUCAGCUUCUUGGGAGGUAGCAGCAUAACUUCUACUUGACUAUGCCAAAUUUCUGUUGGUGUGAUAUAUUCAAAGUUCACACUGUUACAGAAAAGAUGGGAGUACAUUUCCAAUAUCAGUAUAGAGGCACUCAUUGGCAGCUUGUGAAAAAUGUAGAGGUCUGUAUCCAAAAAAAAAAGAAAAUGCACUUCAGUAAGAAAGCAAGCGUGCCUUUCAAAAACAGUAUUCUGGAAAAACAAACUUGAAAAAGAUAGAUAUGCUAGAUAAUCUGAAGAGCAUGUGAUAUGUGAGUAUGUUAAAGAUACUUGAAGGUUGUGAUUAGGCUUCUCCAUGCUGUUAAACAGACCUUUCUUUGACCAAAUAUUUAACUGCACUUUUGUAUUGUCUUUACUGAACACCAUAGUGCCUCCUGUGCUCACCGCUGGGUCUUUUUAUUGUUCACAUUAUUGUAGGUGGAACAGCUAAACUGUAGAACUUCAAGUAGAGUCACAAGAAUAUGUGUUUUUGAGCUUUAGCAGAGAGAGGCAAAGAGGAUCUUUCUCUAAUCCAGUUUUUUUUAAUUUGCCAUUGUGUUCAGUAUUUGGCAUAACACUUUCUGAAAAAUGAAAACAAAACCUUUUUUUUUUGUGACAGAUUUAUGAAUAAAUAUUUGCAUUAACUUAUAUUUUCUUAUGACUGACAUUUUUUUGAAAUACCAAAUGACUUUUUUUAAACACUUUCAAAUAUAAAGAACCAGCUCUACAUUACAAAAUGAGCCAAAUUGAAAACAUAAAAAAUGGCAUUAUAGGCUUAAUGUAAAAAAAAAAAGAAAAAAAAAAACAUUUUAAAGGGCUGUUAAAAGAAAACAGCAAUUAGCAAAUCAUUUUCUGUUGACUUAAGUUUCUUUCAAAACCGUAGAACAUGGGCAUUUUGUUUAAAACUGUAAGAUAAGUGUUCCACCCCAUAUGAACCUCAGGCUGUUGCAUAACUGAUACAAGGAAUUUUCAGCAAUUUUAUACCUUUUUUUUAAUCGACCACACCAGAAUUUGUCAAGUCAGUGAAUGUUUGAAUUCAGGAAAAUUUGUUGGUGAUAUUAUUUUGAUGACCAUACUGUAAGUUUAAUUAUCAGUGGGUUUUUUUCUAAUUUAGUUCAUUUAUACCACACAAUUUAGUGUCAAGAUUUUACUACAGUAGUGUUUUCUCCAGACAAAUUUUUUUUUUACAUAUAUGCCAUCUCUGUCGCAUUUUUGACAAUGUUUUAAAUAAAAGUACUCCUUUAAAUUUUAA